CUAGCGGUUACGCCCAUACGCCCCCUUAACGGCAUAUGCUUAUGCUUACACUUUGACUUAUGCUCACGUUGUUCCUUUUCAAACAACAUUUUAUAAUUCCUAAAAAAUAUACCGACCAAAACAUGCCGGAGGUCGACGACAGCAAAAUUUUGAAAAUAGGGGACGUGCUGAACAACCCAGACAGGCCCCUGAAAGAGCGGUUUCGAGCUUUGUUCACUUUGAAAAACAUCGGCGGUGCCACUGCCAUUGACUGCAUCAAGAAGGCCUUUGACGACCCUUCGGCUCUCUUGAAGCACGAACUCGCCUACUGCCUCGGACAAAUGCAGGACCACUUAGCCAUUCCAAUUUUAAAGGACGUUCUCAGGGAUAAAAAUGAACAUCCAAUGGUCCGACACGAAGCUGCUGAAGGUCUGGGUGCGAUUGGAAAGGAUCACGUCCUUCCUCUUUUGAAAGAGUUUGCCAACGACGAGGCCGUGCCAGUAGCUGAAACCUGUCAGCUGGCCAUCAGAAGGAUAGAAUGGGUCAGAAGUGGCAACGAAGGAGGAAAAGAUGAUUUUUUUGGUUCGGUCGACCCAACACCAGCGUCCGAGGAACGAAACCUGUGCAGCUUGCGAGAGAAACUUUUAAGUGAAUCGACCGACUUGUACGAAAGAUACAGAGCACUUUUUGCCUUGAGAAACAUCAACUCUAAAGAAUCAACCAAAAUUUUGAGUGAAGGACUUAAGUACGGAGGGGCGCUGUUCAGGCACGAGCUGGCCUUUGUGCUGGGACAAAUUCAGGAACCAAUUGCCGUUGAUGCUUUGAUACAGGGGCUGGAGGACAAGUCGCAGGAUGAAAUGGUCAGGCACGAGUGUGCAGAAGCUCUAGGGGCGAUUGCCACCGAGAAAGCAAUGAAAGUCCUUGAAGGGUUCCUUGAAGAUGAAAUUAGAGUUGUCCGAGAAAGUUGCGAGAUUGCCUUGGACAUGUGUGAAUAUGAAAACAGCACCGAGCUUCAGUAUGCAAACACAUUGGAACUUGUUGAUUCUUAAUGUAAUUCUAAAGAUGCAAAUUAAAUAAAUGAUGCAAAUGUAA